CACAGAGGACAGUGUGGGGGUAGCCAUGGGCAGCAGUUCCAGGGCCACGGCGGGCAGCGCCAGGGGCCCCUCCACCAUGGCUACAGCCAGAACCGCCGCUGGCACCACAACCAGCAGGGGCAGGGAGGAGAACAGGGACCGCAGGGUGGCCCGGCAGUGGACAGAGACAGGGGGGCAACCCCAACGGGAGACAGAGACAAAGGGGCACCACCCAGAAAAAACGAAGAGACUGAUGAUGUAAAUGUAGAGGAGGCCAGCACUAGGCUGGAGCCAGAGAACUCAAGGGGCCCCAAUGACCUGCCUGGGGGCCAGGGUGGCCCUAAAGUCAGUCUUCUGCCGUCGUCCAAAGAGAGGCUGAGGAGGAGGCUAAAAGACGAGGAGGAGGCGAUCGUGUCCCCAGCGGGCCCCCAGCGGAGCCGCAUGGACCGCUUGCUGGAGAUCCUGAACAGCAUGAGGAACAACAGUGCCGGGGUGGACGGCCUGCUCAGCUCCUUCAUGGAGGAGGCCCAGACCUCGACCCAGUCAGAGGAGAGCCUGGCCCAGAUCGUCUCUACUAUCUAUGGCAAGGCCCUCAGCGACAGAAGCUUCGCCGCUUCCGCGGCCAGACUCUGUGACAAGAUGGCCCUGUUCAUGGUGGAGGGGACCAAGUUUAGAUCAUUACUACUCAAUAUGUUACAGAAGGACUUCUCUCGUCGGGAAGAGCUGCAGGCAUCUGACGUGGAGUGCUGGUUGGGGUUCAUCACCUUCCUGUGUGAGAUGUUUGGCACAAUGAGGUCCAGUGCUGGAGAGCCCUUCAGAGUCCUGGUCUGUCCCAUAUACACCUGUCUCAGAGAGCUGCUGGAGUCUCCAGAGGUGAAGGAGGAUGCGGUCCUCUGUUAUUCUAUGGAGCUGCAGUCCACUGGUCGUCUCCUGGAGGAGCAGCUUCCAGAGAUGAUGACAGAGCUCCUGGCUGCGGCCAGGGACAAGAUGCUGUGUCCAGCCGAGUCCCAGCUAACUCGCUCCUUGCUCAUGGAGAUCAUCGAGCUGCACGCCAACCAUUGGACCCCUCUGGAGGACCUUACCACACAGUACUACAACAGGACCAUCCAGAAGCUCACCACCGCCUAGCCCCCCAGACCCAGGACCUGUCCCACAGGUCAGGCAGAUGGAGGCCUGAGCUGGGUUGAUGGCUGGGAUGCAUGGGGCUGGACUAGACAUGGGACUGUACAGAGUCGCAGAACAUAAUUGGUUGGCCCCAUACCAGACUGCAAAUGCGUUUAGGUAUAAGGAGAUGGGACUGACAAGACAUACAGACAGACUUGAAAUCCAUGCAAAGACAAACACUACACCACACACACAGACAGAAGAGACUGGCCACUGGCCAUGCAGCCUGCACACAUUCGACGGUGGGGGCGUGUCUGGUCACUGAGAUGGGUGGAGGACAAAGAGACGACAUGAUGUGUGUGUGUGGGGGGGGUUGGAACAGCAGCCGCCUGUCCUUGGUGAACAGUCUCUCCUCAGAGGUUAAAAAGAGAAGAAGCAGGGGGGGUCCAGGGAGAUUUCUUUCUCUCUGUGUUCAUGUGCCAACCACCCUUCCUCCUUUCUGUCUUUCUCCUUUAUCUAUCUCCCCUCCUCCUCUCUGUCCCAGACCCUUUCACCCCAGGGUCUAUGUGGCUGACUGGGGGAGAUGAGAGGGGAGGCAGGCAGACCUCCCUCCAGUGGGCCAGGUCAAAUGUCCAGACUGCAGGGCUAGGUUCCAGUAAGGCCUGCCUUUGUCCCCCCCCCACUCCCCAGAGGCGCUUUGUGUGGCUGAGACACUGGCUGGCGCACUCUGGAUUGCUGGCUGGGUAGCAGAUGGCUUCUGGCGCCUCAGUGGGCUGGCUGCAGACACCCUCCCAGUCCCACCUACACUCCAGCCAAGGCCAACCCAUCCUCCAACCCAGGCUAACACUAACCCAGCCAGGCCGCUGACAGACGGGGGCAGGGGGUUUGUCCUGGGGGCCAGUGGGGCUGCCGUGGGGGGCUAGGGAUUGGGGAUUGUUGGGAGGCGCAGCAGACAGCAGCAUCAAGCCGCUGCUUUAGUGGUGCUUUUGUUGUCAUUAUCAUUUUCAGAGGGGUUUAAUUUUCUCUGUCCAUGCUUUUGUUACCUUUGUUAUUAAUUAUAUUAUAUUAUUGUUACUAUUAUGUACUGUACUGUAAAUAUGUAUGAUAAUGGAAUAUUUUAGGGUAGAGGUUUUGCACAGGUUUGAUUUGUUUUAAGGUGAUUACUUGUUUUAAAAGAAAAAAAUACUUUUUAACGGUGGUAUGGAUAUAUAAUAGCAUUAAGAAGAAUCAAUAGGUUUGAGGGGUUGGUUGACUAGAAAGGGAAGGUUUAGCCAGAAGGAAGAAUCAAAGAAAUUAUGGAUUUGAUGAAGUCAGUCAGACGAGUGGCCUUGUGAACUAUAACUACAUUUAUAGAGUUGCGUCCUUGCUGUUUUGAAAGACAAGGCCAAGAGAGGUGGAGAGUGCUUGCCGAGUGACCGAAUUUAGUGAGGUUAUUUAUUUGAUUUUUUUCCUGCCUGAUACAAAUCGCUUCUUCAAAUGUUCUCCUGUUCAAGCAGCCAUUUUGCAGUGUUGGAUAUUUUGCAACAAUCUGUAUGAUGAUGAUGUAUUUGCUUUUGAGAGAGAAAAAAAAUCUGUUUCAUUUUACAGAUUAUAAAAAUAUAUAUAUAUAUUUGACAAUGUAGUUAGCUAGUAUGUGAUUCGCAUUACUAUGGCUUCUGCCAAUGUGUGUACAACACUAUUGACAUAUCAACCCCAUCAUCAUCAUUAUGUAAUCCAAUUAAAUGUAAUCGAAUAUACAGAAAAUACCAGUAUUUAAGACAACGAAGCAAGCUCUAGGAGGGCAUGGUGCACAGAGAGACAAGGGCUACGUCCCCUUUAUCAACCCUUCCAAAGUGUGCACUUGUUCACUUCCCUUUCCUCAUUUGAAAGGAAUGACUGGUAUAAGAAAUAUGAUAUUAUUGCCAUGAUGAUUAGCUAUAGGGUUGUGGUUGUGUGGAUAGGAUGUGGCCUUUCCAUGUGUUCUUACUAUGGCUUCAGCUCAUGUUGAAGGAACUGCUCUUUCUGUGGGGCAGUCUUUCAGUCCUAGUGUUACUAGCUUCUGAUUUCCUAUUGAACUGAAUCUCUGGGCAUUUCUUUUCUUUUUUUUUUGCAUCAAGAAUUCAAAUCUUUUAAGGUUGGCACACAUCCAAAACAAUAGGGUAUUUUAAAACGGAUAACUGACAAAAUAAAGGAAACACCAACACUGGGGCUACCAUGAGCCAGAACAGCUUCAAUGUCCCUUGGCGUCGAUUCUACAAGUGUCUGGAACUCAAUUGGAGGGAUGCAACACCAUUCUUCCACUAGAAAUCCAAUCAUUUGCUGGUGUUGGUAAACGCUCAGGGAAUCUCCCUUAAGUGUUAAAUUGGGUUUGAGAUCUGGUGACAGAGACUGCCAUUGCGUAUGGUUUACAUUGGUUGGAUGAGCAUGAAACAUUCAGUGACCAGUCGUGCCCUGUGGAUGGGGUUAUUGUCGUCCUAUGGGGGCAUAGCCAUGGUAGCCAAAAUAAUGGCCUGCGCAGUAUUUUUAUACAUGACCCUAAGCAUGAUGGGAUGUUAAUUGCUUAAUUAACUCAGGAACCACACCUGUGUGAAGAAACCUGCUUUCAAUAAACAUUGUAUCUCUCAUUUA